CAUGACAGCAUCCGAACCUCCUGACUCCUCUCUGUCGAUUGUUUUCUUGUGCGGAAAUUGUAGCAGAGGGAAGAUGGCGGAGGAGAGAGAGCCUCCACCGAUGGGAGAUGCUGAGCAAAGCGACUUCAGGGAGUUCGAGGACGUAGAGGACCUCUUUGUCAGUACGGUUUCCACGCAGGAGUCGGACCCGUCCUCUUCUGACCAGGAGCCCGCCAGCCUGCCCGUGGAAGAGGAGGUCACCUUGGAGGUCAACCUGGAGGUCAACGCCAGCUCCAAUGGACCCAAGGAGGUCGACGCCCUGUUUGACGAUGAUCCAGAAGAUCUGUUUGCAGGAGCUACAGAGGAGGUAUCCCUGGACAGCCCAGAGAGGGAGCCUAUCCUGUCUGACGGCCCCUCCCCUGCCAUCACCCCCGUGACGCCAACCAUCAUGAUCACGCCCCGAGGCCAUCUGGGCCACGCAGACAUGUUCCACGCCGACCUGAAUGAGAUUGAGGAGGAGGAGGGCGGAGAUUCAUUUGAUAUGCAUAUAUCAGUGUCAGAUCCAGAGAAAGUUGGGGAUGGCAUGACUGCGUACAUGGCUUACAAGGUCACCACAAAGACCUCUAUGAAUACCUUCAACCAGAACGAGUUCUCUGUCAAGCGAAGGUUCAGCGAUUUCCUGGGUCUCCACAGUAAACUGGCGUCCAAGUACCUUCACAUCGGCUACAUCAUCCCCCCAGCCCCGGAGAAGAGCAUUGUGGGAAUGACCAAGGUGAAAGUGGGGAAGGAAGAUCUGUCAUCUGUAGAAUUUGUGGAGAAGAGAAGAUCUGCUCUGGAAAGGUAUCUCAUGAGGACGGUGAAACAUCCAGUCUUGCUGAAGGACCCAGAUGUGGUGCAGUUCCUGGAGAGCUCUGAGCUGCCGCGUGCGGUUAGCACCCAGGCACUGAGCGGGGCGGGAAUAUUGAGGAUGGUAAACAAAGCAGCAGACGCUGUCAACAAAAUGACAAUCAAGAUGAAUGAAUCGGAUGCGUGGUUUGAGGAGAAGCAGCAGCAAUUUGAGAACCUGGACCUGCAGCUGAGGAAGCUGCAUGGUAGCGUGGAGUCUCUGGUCUGCCACAGGAAAGAGUUGUCUGUGAACACGGCCUCCUUCGCCAAGUCGGCGGCCAUGUUGGGUAACAGCGAGGACCACACGGCGUUGUCGCGGGCACUGUCCCAGCUGGCAGAGGUGGAGGAGAAGGUGGAGCAGCUGCACCAGGACCAGGCCUGCGCCGACUUCUACCUGUUCUCUGAGCUGCUGGGAGACUAUGUGCGCCUCAUCACCGCCGUCAAGGGUGUGUUUGACCACCGUAUCAAGACGUGGCAGAAAUGGCAGGACACCCAGCUGCUCCUGCAGAAGAAACAUGAAGCCGAGGCCAAGCUGCAGUUCGCCAACAAGCCUGACAAGCUGCAGCAGGCCAAGGAUGAGAUCAAAGAGUUGGAGGCCAAGGUCCAGCAGGGAGAGAGAGACUUCGAGCAGAUCUCCACAACCAUCAGGAAAGAAGUCUGCAGGUUUGAGAGAGACAGAGUGAAAGACUUCAAGAGUGUCAUCAUCAAAUACCUGGAGUCUCUUGUACAAACACAACAACAGCUGAUCAAGUACUGGGAGGCCUUCCUGCCAGAGGCCAAAGCUAUCGCCUGAUAGGACGUGUCACAUCCCCCACACGUCCACUUUGACCCUUGACCCCGUUUAAUGAUCACACUCUUUCUUCUGUUUACGUCCAAUCAUCCCCUUCAGACGACGCACGGAAAUACAGUAAUUAGUUUUGACUUGCGAAUAAAUAAAAAACACAUGAUUUUUCUAAUAGUUCACCCUGUUGUUUGACUCUGUGAUGUCAUCAGAAGGCGACUCUUGUCCCCUUCCAGUUCUUGAUGCCAGGCAGAGGACUGUGAUUAUUAUGGGCUGUCAGAUCCAACACUACUGCUUAGUCUUAACCAGUUUGAUUUUGUAUUCUAUUUUAUUUUUGCCACAAAAUGUGCAAUGGUUGAGUGAUUUCAGUUGAUUAUUUUUAUGGUUUCCUUUAAAAGCCUUGUCUGAAUGAUUUUUUUUUAAUGUUUACUUUUUGUUUUUGAAUUUGCAUUUAUGUGCUGCAAACAUUUGAGUACUUUAAUUCUAAUAAAGGAAUGUAUCUACUCAU